UUUAUAAUGGCAUAACAUACUCAUAUUACCAGUAUUUGAAACAGGUUGUCCUGAGAAACACUACAUCUAGAUAUAUUUGUAUUGAAAAAUGUCAAAACAAUUUGAAACAUACAUUCUAAACGGAGUAACAGUAAAUGAUGUAGCUAAAGGAAUUAUAAACGGAGGUGAACAGACAGGAGCCUUCUUUCUUCAGGAUCUGGAUGACGCAUAUCAAAGAAUUGAAUAUUUUAAACGAAAAAUGCCAAGAGUUCAAAUAUUUUAUGCCAUCAAAUCAAACGACAACAUAGCUCUAUUGAAGUUAGUAGCAGCCCUAGGAUUGGGUUUUGACUGCGCUACGCCGGGCGAGCUGUACAAAGUCUUGAAACUUAAUGUGAAUCCACGAAGUAUCAUAUUUGCGUCACCCCUCAAACAUCCACAAUGGAUGACGUAUGCCAAAAAAUGUGGAAUCAAAUACGCUACAUUCGAUUCUUCUUUCGAGCUGAAAAAAACGAAACAAUAUUGGCCUGACGCAAGGCUUUUAAUAAGAAUAAAAGUUGAUAGUAACAGCGUAUACCGUUUGAGUGAUAAAUUCGGAUGCGACUAUGAAACAGAAGCAAUCGAUCUUUUGGAUGAAGCCGCUAGACUUGGAAUAAAGGUGGUCGGAGUCGCCUUCCACGUCGGCAGUGUCUGCUUUUCAUCGGACAGUCACGUCAAUGGGCUUCGAAUGGCGAGAUCACUGUUUGAUUAUGAAGCUAAAAAUGGCAGACGAAUGAGUAUUGUGGAUAUAGGCGGUGGGUUCCUUAGUGAAAAUACUACAGAUAUUGAUGAGGUAUCUCGUCUAGUGAAUACAGCGUUGGAAGAAUACUUCCCUGACAAAAGUGUGCAAAUCACAGCAGAACCUGGUCGAUACAUAAGCGAUUCUUCUAUGGUGCUGUAUAGCAGUAUUAACGCGGUUAGAAGGGUUGAUAAAAAUGGUGAAAAAAUAAACAUGCUUUACAUAAACGAUGGCAUAUACGGCACACUGCGUUGCGCAGAGGUUUGGCAGACUGUUUAUAAGUUUGCAAGAAACACAAUAGAAAACAACGAGGAAGUAUACAAAACGAUCAUAUGGGGCAACAGCCUAGAUUCCUCUGACCAAGUGCUAUCUGAAAAUAAGAUAUAUUUGCCACAAUGUACCACACAGGAUUGGCUCGUUUUUCCCGUAAGAGGAGCUUAUUCCCAUGUCUUUGGGUCGACUUUCGCGUGCACUAAUUUACCGCCAAUAAGACCUGUUAUAUCUAAGGAACUGUGGAAAAAGAUAAAGAACAGUGAAGUUUUCGAGCCAGAAGAUUUCAUUGAAAAUCCAGACAUUUCGGCGCCAUUUCCCUCCAACAUCCCUGAAGUAAUUAAUGUCCAAAACCAUUUAAAAUCAAAUGUAGUGUUAAAAGCAUAGUUUAAUUUUAGUAAUAAUUUUAUAUUUUCGACACUGUUGAAUAAGUUACGGGUUAAAUUUAACCUUUUUACA